CUUGACAAGUGUACAGUAGGGCGUGAGGAUCCGUCAAUUUGACAAAGAGAAACCAACAUCGGAGUCUUCAAAAUUUCGCAUUGAUUCCAAGCAUGACUCAUUACAUAUCUAUAAGUUGAUAUGCCGUUUACUAUUGACGCACAUCUACAUUGUUGCGACAGUUGACAAUGAGCACUACUAUGGCAACUGUUACAGAGGCAGUCGAGCUGCAGACCAUCUCCAAGAGCAACAUACCAAAGUCAUCACUGCACAACGCAAGGUUAUCUGCAGAAUCAGCGCGGACACUCGGUGAGCCUCACCUCGGUGGUAUCUUCGAGUCGGAUUCCAGCUUAACUGCACUCAAGACAAAAACGUCCAAUCUCCAGACCUUCCUUACCAUCUUCACGCCCUCCUUUGUAGGCUUCAUCGCUAGCUUCACAAAUGGUGUUAUCACUAUCGGUCUACCCGAGAUCGCACGCUCCCUGUCAUUAGACCGCUCUCUCUAUCUAUGGCCUUCUUCAGUCUAUGGUCUCACAUCUGGAGCCUGCCUUUUGAUAGCUGGAUCUAUCGCUGACAUAGUGGGUGCACGACCCGUCGAGCUGCUCGGUAUCACACUCAUUGGGACCUUUACCUUGGCUUGCGGUUUCUCAAGCACUGGCGAGCAACUCGUAGUCUUUCGGGCCCUUCAGGGAGUCGCCCUCGCUAUGCACCUGCCAGCAUCGGUGGCCUUGAUAUCAGGGGCAGUACCAUCUGGACGUGCAAGAAACUUCGGAUUCGCAUGUCUAGGUUUCAGUCAGCCCCUCGGGUUCGCUGCUGGCCUAGUCAUCAGUGGGGUCCUGGUCGAGAAAGCUGGAUGGCGGUCUGGAUUUUACUUGGCUGGGGGCGCUCUGCUGACAACAGCCGUUGCAGCUUUCUGGAGUCUGCCAAACUUGAAGCCGGGCGGUCAAGGCGGGCUUAAUGCACUCGCAAAGAAAGUGGGGAAGGAGGUCGACUGGGUCGGCGGCAUAAUUUCGAGUGGUGGACUGGCAAUACUGGCAUAUGUCCUUGCCAUCCUCAGCGCAGAUCUCACUACUAUUCGAUCUGCAGAAACGAUCUCUCUGCUUACAGUGAGCGUCGUCCUUCUCCUCGCCUUCCCGGCAUGGAUGCGCUACCGCGAACGUACCAACAAAUCCGCGCUAGUUCCCAAUAAGCUCUGGAAGAACAUUCCCUUUACGUCGACUUGCAUCAUGGUCGCUCUCUCCUACGGCGUCAUGAACAGUAUUGAGCUCUUCUCCUCACUCUACUUCCAAGAGAUCCAGAAGGCCACUCCACUGACUACCUCCUUGUACCUACUUCCGAACCUCGGCGCUGGUGUGCUGAUUAACAUACUCGUUGGUACGUUUGUCCACAAGAUUCCAGCUUUCUACUUGGUCACGGUCAGUGCUGUCAUCUGCUCUGUGUCUCCGCUCUUCAUGGCACUGCUCGACCCAAGCUGGAAUUACUUCUAUCUUGCCUUCUGGGCCCAGGCCUUCGCUCCUUUUUCCGCAGAUGUGUUGUUCACGGUCGGCUUAAUCAUCAUCAGCGACAGCUUCCCGGAAAGAGAUCAGGCGCUUGCAGGUGCGGUUUUCAACACUGUGGCACAGUUUGGAAUGAGCUUGGGUAUGGGUAGUUGUCAAGUCGUAGCGUUGGGAGUAAUUGGCAAUGAUGAGGGCGCCAGUGAGGGUGGGAAUGGGCAUGGCGGCAGUUCGGGGGCAAAUGACCCUAUGGAGUUGUUGAAAGGGUAUCGGGCAAGUUUUUGGACGAUGUUUGCGUACAUGCUGGUGUGCAUUGUCAUUGCUAUUGCGGGGCUGAGAAAGGCUGGGAAGGUAGGCCUGAAGAAGGAUCAGUAGCUACAGUAAUGUUGCUCGCGAGAGGCAAUUAUUAUACUAUAGAGCUGUGACACUAGAGGUAGGAAUCUUGCAUCCUCGACUUAGAAUAAUUUUCCUACUCAGCCUCAUUUCUCGAUAAGUUUUUAGACGUUUGUCCCAGUCAU